GCGCCCGGCCGUGCCGGGUGGGGCUCGCUUCGCCUGAGGCUUGCCCUGGCCGCCUUUCCUCUUGAGAAGGAGGGGGACGGGGCGUGAGCUCUGCGCACAGAGCCCUUCUUGUGAAGCCUGCUGCCUUCCCUUCUGCAAGAGAGGUGCCCACGCGUGGGAGGCCGUAGGUGCCUUUGUUUGUAGGCAGGCCGGCCUUGAUUCGUGCCCCCCAGGAGGUGUGGAAAAUGGCCACGGCUGCCUAUUUCGCUGCCGAGUGCCUCGUCUCCAUGUCCAGCCGGGCGAUCAUACAUGGUCCUGCUGGAGGACCAAGGCCUCCACCUGUUGCGGUGGCUUCGCCCCUCGCCGUCUUGACCCCCGAGGAGAAACCGGAGGCGAAGGAGGCAGGAAGAGACAACGGAGGGGGCCCCUCUGUGUAUGCCGUAGCCAGCAUUUUGGCCGACUUAAACCAACAGCCCCCCAAGUCUUCCUCGCUUCAGGUGGAGAAAGGACAGAGGACGGACCGAAGGGAGGAACCCAAGCCUCCUCUUCUGCAGGGAGCGUUUGGGGAAGACAUGAUCCUGCCGGCCAGCAAAUGUGGAGGAGAAAGAACGGCCACACCUACCCUCUUGGCAGCAGCGAAGGAGCCCAGCCCAAAACAAAGGAGCAGGCGAGGGAGAUGCCAGCUUGACCCCGAAUUACCUCAGAAAAAACACAAAUGCCACUAUGUGGGAUGUGAAAAAGUUUACGGCAAGUCUUCUCAUCUGAAGGCUCACCUAAGGACCCACACAGGUGAGCUCUCGGCUUGGUGGUGGUGGUGAAACUGAGGGCUCCUGGACUUCAGACUUCCAAAACUGAAGUCCAGAGAGGGUGAGGAGAGCGCUUGAGAACUCAAGGCUUACAUUGUCCCCGCUGCCGUGGCUGCCAGAGCAGGGCACUUAACCAAACCCGUUGUUAAUGAAUGCCAGCAGAGAACUGCUACCCGCCCCUCUCUUUUUCUUUCUUCUCCUUCCUCCUGCCUGCUUCUCUCCGGGUGGCCCGCUGAAGACCCUCUUCUGACCUCUUGCCCCCUGGCACAGCAGAGCAGUCCUUUCUGAUGUUGCUAGUCCUUUGCCUGUUCUUCUGUGAGAGAGCGACAUGUGUGGGGUAUCUUAGGGCUCUCUGCAUUGGCUACUACUCCCCCAAGUCUCGGUAGCCUGCUCCUGACAUUCUCCAGGGCAGCCCUUAUGGAGAUGGUUUUAACUUUUUCUCCUUCUUUCCUUUCUUAGAAACAUUCUCACAGAGGUGUGGGAGAAAACUCCUGGGCCCCUGUUAGCCCUACUGAGUCAACUUUAAUGCUAGGAAAUAUAAACAGGCUGGCUCCGGUUGAUAGUUCAACCAGGACAGGGCCUUAUUCUCCCUACAUUUAUUCUAAUCAAGAGGAUGGAGGUUAGAAAGCCGGGAGCACCCUCUGCCUGUAUUUUUCCCCACUGAAGACUGGCUGCAGUUUUUCGAUGGGUGCCUCCCGUGGGUGCUGGCUUGGUUUCUUCACGUGGGUUAUUUGGUAGAAUAACUUUGCGUGAUUCAGAGGGUGCCACCCAAGCAGUUGGGUAACUGGAAGCUGGAAAACGCCUCCGCCAUCUAUCACAGGGCACAACCCAGCAGGAAGGUUGCCUCUGGAAUAUCUGGACUAUUGUGGGUUUAGCAUAGCACAUCACCAUUGGGUAGGAAUUAUGCUCCAUGGCAUAUGCGUUUUCUGUCUCCUGUGCUGCUGCCCUGCUUAACUGCAUCGCCCUUCCCUUCCCUUCCCUUCCCUUCC